UCGGAUCUUUCAGUCUCACUCACAACCCUGGUAAAAGAUGCCGUGGAUGCGGCUUUGUCUCCCAUCGUUACCACCCUGGCCGGAAUGCAAACUACAAUACAGGAGCAAGUUGUUCUGGUGGUGGUUUUUGGAAUCUGCUGGGCUCCGUUCCACACCGACAGACUCAUGUGGAGCUUCAUCGACGAGUGGACCAGCAUCCAGCUGGAGGUGUACAAGUACGUCCACGUGGUCUCUGGCGUCUUCUUCUACCUCAGCUCGGCCGUCAACCCGAUCCUCUACAACCUCAUGUCCACCCGCUUCCGAGAGAUGUUCAAGGAAGUGAUGUGUCAUCGGCCACGGCACCCCGUGCCCAGGAAGCAGUCACUCAGUGUUACCCGGGUAACACUCCGCAGCAUUCUCAGUGAGGCCACGCCCAUUAAUGGCAUUGCGGGCCUACAUGAAGACAAGGAGCAUGAGACCACCUUUCCUUGAAAGGACUUCCUAGGAGAGGAGGGAGCUUAAUACAUAAAACUGAUCCGAUGGACGAUGAUUCUGGGAUGAUCGAGAUGUAUUGUUAUAAGGGAUUUUAAGGAUCUAAGGAUGUGCUUAUCCAAUCUAUGUUAUUGCACGCUUUGGUCACCAAACCACAGUAGAAUUCUCCUGUCACUAAACUCCCUAAACAUAAGAAGAAGAAAAAAUAAUUAAAACCUGAUGCUUUGACGUAUUAUUUGAGCAAUUCUAUGAAAAAAAUAUCUCAGGAGAUACAGACAAAUCGAUAUUUCUCAUCUAGAAGACAUUGGUAGAUUCUGCAUCACUGCUUUUGCACUCCUGUUUAGCAGUUCAUGUUCAACAGCACACAAACUUUUGAACAUCCAGUCUCAAGAGAUGGCUAAAAAGCUGAUUUUCCUUACAGCUCAGAUUGAAAACCAGGCAGAGAUGCCCUGUCAAAAGCUCCUUCAAAGAUGAUGUCCGACGUGGUUGUUUGACGAAUGUAUAUAGUUCUCAAAUCACUGAGUGGUUUACAAUGGUGCAAAGGAUUCGCAGUACGUACUGAAUAGAACUUGAGAUGGCAGCUUCAAAUCAAAUUUCAUUUGUCACAUGCGUCUAAUACAACAGGUGUUGACCUUCUAGUGAAAUGUAACAUCUACACCUGCUUUCUGAGCAUAAUAAUACAUAUCUUGGUAUUAAAAAAGUUAACCUGUACUGGAGUACAGGUUAAAAAACAACAACAAUUGCUUCAAAAUAGAUGUAGCUGCACCGUCAACUGCAUAUUUUCAGAAAUGUAUGUCAUUGCACGAGCCGUUGGAUAUUGCCAGUGAAUUUGGCGCCUCCCUUCAAGAGAGUUUAUCACAUUAUUAACAGAGAUAUGCAGAUUGGCAUUUUGAAAAAGUAGCUUUUAAAUUCCCAGACACUGUAUGUCUCCAUCAACAAUCUGGUGAAUGAUCUCUGAUGAUCUGUUUCACUAAUGUGAAACGUACAAUCAUGACCGCGACUAUGUACAAAAAUAAUGUAUAGAUUCACAGUAGAUAAACACAUAUUUAACAAUUCUAUAUAUUCAUAAAAAAAAAAAAAAUUAAACACCAGGAACAUUUUAAUCUGAAUCUCUAAUAAAGGACUGAUUUAGACCUGGGACACCAGCUGGGUGCAAUUAAUUAUUAGUAAGUAAGAGUAUAUAGCCUUGCACGAGCCUUGGGUUGUGAGAGCCAGAACGAUUCAUAAUUAUCAGGUAGAACAGAAAACCAGCGGUACUCCACACCUGGCUCGGAUCUAAAUACCACUGGUCUAGACAGAUGAAAAAGAUACACUGUCUGGAACCGCCAAAAUGAUGGACAAUCAUUAGGAGGUAAGAGCACUGACAUAAUGUGAAUGGGGAAAGUUCAUCUUUAUAGCCGAGGGUAUUUGGCUUCAUGAAAUAAAGGACCUCGUGUUAAUUCCAAAAUCAAACUGAAUUGUUUUAACUUUUUGUACCAUCAUA